AGCCGCUCGAAGCUCAGAGGGAGAACGAGAGCAAAGCUGUCGUACGAGACAUAUUCGCCAGAUUUACAGUAGGAAACCUAAAAUUAUUGUAGAGGGCAGCAUGAUUAAAGACCUACUCGGUGUGCGAGCAGAUUUGUAGCUGUAUAGUGAGAGUUACUUGCAGAUGAGACAGAGGAUGGUUGCGGUUUUGGAAGCUGCUUUGCAUCAGAUUCGGAGGCUGACUUCACGAGCCCCAAGGCAUGAGGAUGGCCAGCCCUAAAGCCACUGGGCUGUCCUGGGAGAUCACUUGGCUUGCUUUUGCUCUCUAUGCUCACCUACAGACAAGAGCAGAGCAGUCCCAAGGUGCAUACUUCUUGCCUGAGUUUGCACUUUCUCCACAGGGGAGUUUUCUUGAGGACACCACGGGGGAGCAGUUCCUCACUUACCGUUACGAUGACCAGAACUCCAGAACCACCCGCUCGGAUGAAGAUAAGGAUGAUUCCUGGGAUGCCUGGGGGGCCUGGAGUGAUUGCUCACGGACCUGUGGAGGGGGAGCCUCCUACUCUCUGAGGAGAUGCUUAAAUGGCAGGAACUGUGAAGGUCGGAAUAUUCGAUACAAAACCUGCAGUAGUAAUGACUGCCCUUCAGAUGUUGGUGACUUUAGAGCACAGCAGUGUUCUGCCUACAAUGAUGUCAAAUACCAGGGACACUUUUACGAGUGGAUCCCUGUGUAUAAUGAUCCUACUGCACCUUGUGCCCUGAAAUGUCAAGCUCUGGGAAAGAACUUGGUUGUGGAGCUUGCCCCAAAAGUGCUCGAUGGCACUCGUUGCAACUCUGAAUCCUUAGAUAUGUGCAUCAGUGGAAUUUGCCAGGCAGUAGGCUGUGAUCGACAACUUGGGAGCAAUGCCAAGGAAGACAACUGUGGAAUCUGUGCAGGAGAUGGCUCAACAUGCAGGCUGGUGAGGGGACAAGCUAAGGCACAUGUCUCACCAGAAAAAAGGGAAGAAACUGUGAUUGCUGUACCACAUGGGAGUCGCAGUGUGAGAAUUACCCUGAAAGGACCAGCACACCUGGUUAUAGAGUCAAAAACACUACAAGGAGAAAAGGGAGAGCACAGUUUCAAUGCUCCUGGAACAUUUCUCAUUGAAAAUACAACUGUUGAAUUUCAGAAGAGUACAGACAGGGAAAUCAUAAAGAUCCAGGGGCCUCUUGGAGCAGAUUUCAUUGUCAAGACCAGGUACUCUGGAUCAAAAGAGAGUGUGGUUCAGUUCUUCUUCUAUCAACCCAUCAGUCACCAGUGGAGACAGACAGAAUUCUUCCCCUGCACAGUGACGUGUGGAGGAGGUUAUCAGCUCAAUUCAGCUGAGUGUGUGGACAUUCGUCUGAAGCGUGUUGUUCCUGACCACUACUGCCAUUAUCAUCCAGAAAACAAGAAACCAAAGCCCAAGCUGAAAGAGUGCAACAUGGAUCCCUGCCCUUCCAGUGAUGGAUUUAAAGAAAUCAUGCCCUAUGAUCACUUCCAGCCACUUCCCCGGUGGGAACAUAACCCAUGGACUGCAUGUUCAGUUUCCUGUGGAGGUGGUAUUCAGAGGAGAAGUUUUGUGUGCGUAGAGGAGACCAUCCAUGGAGAGAUACUGCAAGUGGAGGAAUGGAAAUGCAUGUAUGCCCCAAAGCCCAAAGUCAUUCAGACCUGCAAUCUGUUUGACUGUCCAAAAUGGGUGGCAAUGGAGUGGUCUCAAUGCACGGUGACCUGCGGCCGGGGGCUGCGCUACCGCGUCGUGCUGUGCAUCGACCACCGCGGGCAGCACGUCGGGGGCUGCAACCCGCAGCUCAAGCUGCACAUCAAGGAGGAGUGCAUCGUGCCAGUGCCCUGCUACAAGCCAAAAGAAAAAAGUCCAGUGGAAGCCAAAUUGCCAUGGUUUAAACAGGCCCAUGAAAUGGAAGAGACCAUCACAGUCUCAGAAGAGCCAACGUUUAUCCCUGAGCCCUGGUCUCCGUGCAGUGCCACGUGUGGCAGUGGCACCCAGGUGCGGGAGGUGAAGUGCCGGAUCCUUCUCGCCUUCACUCAGACCGAGGUGGAGCUGCCCGAGGAGGAGUGUGAGGAUGAGAGGCCACCCACAGAGCGAGCCUGUCACCAGGCCUCCUGUGACACUGAUCCUGUGCCCUACACGCCAGGAUUUCCUCAUGCUGAAGGAUUUCCUCAUACUGUGACUUAUGACUGGGAGUAUAUUGGGUUCACGCCAUGUUCAGCCACGUGUCUUGGAGGCACACAGGAAGCCAUUGCCAUGUGUCUGCACGUGGACACAAAACAAGGUGUCAGUGAAACCCUGUGUGACAAAUCCAAGAGGCCACCCCCAAUGACUCGGACCUGCAACACGAAGCUCUGCCCCCCCAGGUGGCAGAGCGGCGCCUGGAGCCGCUGCUCGGCGAGCUGCGGGGUGGGGAUCCAGAGCCGCGCCGUGUCCUGCCAGCAGCCCGGGGCGCCCGCCCCCGCUGCCCACCUCUGCAAGGACCCAAAGCCCCCUUCUCUGCAAGCCUGUAACCAGAUUGACUGCCCCCCUGCUUGGCACGCUGAGGAAUGGCAACAGUGCUCACGUACCUGUGGAGGGGGGAUUCAGACCCGCAGGGUGUCCUGCAAGCAGCUGCUGACAGAUGGAAGUUUCCUGAAACACCCUGAUGACACCUGCCAGGAACCCAAACUGCCAACUAGUAAAGCAUGUGCAAAAGUUGAUUGUCCUCCUCAGCUGGUCGUUGGAGAAUGGUCCAAGUGCUCAGUAAGCUGUGGUGUUGGAAUCCAGAGAAGGAAACUUGCCUGCCAAAACCUCACAGCAAAGGGCCAAUAUGUCACAUUAAAUGGAUCGAUGUGCAGUGCUCUGUCUCCUUCACUGCUUGUAAGGUCUUGUCAGAUGAAUGCCUGCAACAAGAUCAAGCCCAAGCUUCCAGCAAAGUUUUCUGCCCACGGACCUCAGAUUGUGAGCAUUCACCGAGUUUAUAUUCAGACGCGGCCAGAGAAGCGCAUCAAUUUUACCAUAGGAAGCCGAGCCUACCUACUCCCAAAAACAUCAGUGGUGAUUAAGUGCCCCGUGAGAAGGUUCCAGAAGUCCCUUAUCCGCUGGGAGAAGGAUGGGCAGCACUUAGAAAACUCCAAAAGGCUUGGCAUCACUAAGUCAGGCUCGCUGAAAAUCCACUCCCUGGAAGCUGCGGACAUUGGCGUGUACCGGUGCAUCGCAGGCUCUGUGCACGAGAGCUUUGUGCUCAAACUCAUCGGGACUGACAACAGGCUCAUCGAGCCCCCUUCCCCUCGAAAGCAGCCCAGCCACCCAGAUCACAACGAGGCCAACAGCCUCGGGGCCAAAUGGCACAAGAUGAGCAAAAUGUGGCAAAUGUGGAGCAAGAAGAACGAGCUCUACCUGGGUGACAGGCAAGUCAGUGAUCAGCCGUUCCUGCGGAACCUUGGGAGCAAUUCAGCAGAAGAGUUCAGCUCUCGAGAGUUCAGGAACAAGCGCCUGGAGGCUGCAGUUCUCCAGGGUGCUUACAGCAUGGACACUGCUCACUUCGAGGAGCUCAUGAGGAACAUGAGCCAGCUCAUUGAAACUGGAGAAGUCAGCGAUGACCUGGCGUCCCAGCUCAUCUUCCAGCUGAUUGCUGAAUUAUCCAGGCAUCCACAACCAACUGCUGACAAAUGGAAGGGGGCCCAGGAUGAGAAAAUUUCCUCAAAACUCCUGAGCAAAUCGCCAAACGAAUCUGAACGUUUCAGCACAAAGGCGGUCGAUAAGUUAAUGUUUGACCAGAAGGUUCCAGUUAUUAUGAGGCAAAAGGAAAUUCCUCAAGUUUCCUUCAACAAAACAGUAACUGUACGAAUUGGAAAUACAGUUUUUCUGACCAAGAAUACUCAUGCUGUCAAUCUACUGUGUGAAACAGCUGGUAUGAGUGAAGUGAAAUAUACUUGGACAAAAGAUGGCGAGACAUUAAAAGCCUCUGCGAAGGUGAUCCUGGACACCCCUGGAAGAGUGCAGAUUCGGAAUCCUGCCCAAAAGGAACUCGGUACCUAUGGAUGCCUGGUUGUUAAUGACUCUGGUUUUGACAUGGAAACAUCACUGCUGUUGCAUGCAGAGGUGCCUGUCAUCUUGUCCUCUGUGUUAAAUAUGACAAAUCUGGAAGCCAGCAGUUUCUCAACAGUUGUUGGAGGUACAAUCGUGGCAAGAAUUGGAGCAAAUAUUUUGAUUGAAUGUCCAGUGAAAGGUGUUCCCAAACCAAAUGUAACAUGGCUGAAGAAGAAGGAUGUUUUACCAAUCAAUUCUUCCCUGGUUUUGAAUGGCUCUUUAUUUCUGAGGAAUGUUUCCUACCAAGAUGCAGGAACAUACACUUGCAGAGCAACCAAUGCUCUCGGAAAAGCUGAGGCUGCAUCUGUUCUCCACAUAACUGAACAAAAACUUACAGAGAACAACACUCAGUUAUUGAAGGGAAGCAGAAGGAAGCGUGUCCUGAUGGCAUCUGGGAUUGGUACAAAUGUCACUGUGGCACCUGGUGAUCCACUGAGGAUAGGUUGCCCAGUGCUGCCCAGUCACAGGAAUACAGUCCAGUGGCUCUUUGGAGACAGCCCAGUUGAGGAAGUCCAGACCUUGGAGUACAGAACCCUGGUUGGGGGUCGUAUCCUGGAGGUGAACACCAACUCUGGUCAAUUUGCUGGACAAUUCCACUGUCGGACUUCAGCUAGUGCAAAACUAAUGUCAGUUUGGGUAAAUGUCAAGAAGGAAGGUUACACCUGGGAAUAUGCUGAGUGGAGUCCUUGCUCAGCCACCUGUGGGCAUUCAGGAACCAGCUCCAGGAGCCUGCAGUGCAUGAACACAGAGAAACAGAGAGUAAACGAGUCCCAGUGCAGAGAGCUGCAAAAACCAGGGAUUGUUUACCAGCCCUGCAACAGAGAGGACUGCCCUCCCAGGUGGGUAGCUGGGCCCUGGUCCGAGUGCUCUGCGUCCUGUGGCAGCGGAUUUCGGCACCGACAGCUCUCCUGUCACCAGGCCACGGCCAAUGGCAGUGUCCUGGCCCUGCUGCCAGGGGCCUGCCCAGCCAGGGACCAGCCUGCAGUAAGGACACCCUGCCCAGGACACCCCUGUCCCCCAGGGCCACCACAGGCCACCACACAGUGCUCUGGGCGCUGUGCUGGCCGCCCUGCAGGCUCCCAGCACCGUGAGUCCAAAUGUCAGCUCCAGAACGGAUCCUCUGUGCCAAACUCUGCUUGUGAUGAAAGAAAGAGCCCUCCUGCCAGAAGGAACUGUUCUUCAGAGGGGUGUGAUGUGUACUGGCGGCCAGGCCCCUGGAGGCCCUGCAGUGCGGGCUGUGGCACUGGGUUCCAGUCCAGACCCGUGUCCUGCGUGCACAGGCAGAGCAACAAACCCGUGGCUGAGCAGUUCUGCAGAGGGAGGAAGAGACCAGUGACCUGGCAACACUGCAGUGUCACAUCCUGUGGCAAAGGCGAAUGCAAGGAUACAACUCACUACUGUACAUUUGUAAAGCAACUAAAGUUAUGCUUGAUAGACACCUACAAAGAAAGAUGUUGUCAAUCAUGCCGAGAAAUAUAAGUCCUCUAUGGCAAGUUCAUGAUGCUGCAGUGAAGAGAUGAGAAGAGUGGUUCAUUAAACUAACCUGCCUGAGGUAUACUCUUGUAAAUGAGACAUUAGUUAUAACAGUUAAAUGGCAAUGUGGGGCUAAUGAAAACACAGUAUUGUGGAUUGAUGUGCUGGAUAAGGUAUUGUUUCUGGGAGCUUUCAUUUUUCAUUCUUUGCAAUGGAACUUCUAAUGUUUUAAACACGUAUGGAUUAGCAAGAUAAUAUUAUGGCAUGUCAUCUGUAAAAUUUUCCAGGCUAUCAUUUAUAAUUUUAUCUGUGAAAAAAAACCAUUACCUUAAAGCAACAAAUACUGGUUACUGUAACUUAUGAGGAAGAGUCACAAAAAUACUUCAAAAACUUUUGGAAAUGCAGCAACUAUUGAUUCCUGAGAUUUUGGUUUGGGGUUUUUUUCAUCAUAUUUAACACCAUUUUUAAAUUUACAGAAGCUGUGGCUUGUAGCUGUAAAAUUUUGGCAGCAGCUUCAUUUUCAUAAAAAGCUUGAGCUUAAGGGUUGAUCUCACAGGAUGUGCUUUACAGAUACUUGCUCUCAGAUGGAUACACAGAGGUACAUGGAAUUUUUCCUGCUUGGAUUUCAGUGUAUAGAGUAAGAAACUAUAGAUCCUUGUACAAUUUUCAAAGCAGCAAUAGAUCUCUUUUGAAUAAAUGAGGUGUCAUUUUUUAUUGUUUCUAUUCUAAUUCCAGUCUCUGAAGUACAAUCAAAGUUCUGGCAUAGCUAUGCUUUUGUACUGAUAUUAAAUGGGACAGAGGCUUCCUUGUCAGAGCUGGGAACAAACACUUGUGAGCACUGUUCUCUUGCACAUCAAGUCAAAUGAGGAGUCAGUAACUGGCCAAAAUAGCUGUCAGAUUUCUUGUCUUGAAUAAUCAUUCUAUUUUUCUCCAUUAAUGGGGAAAAAUGUCCAAGGAAGAAUUAUUAUUUGUGAAGAUAGACAAGUGCAAGAAAUCUAUUUUAAGCAUUUUUCCAUCAAGACGGUUUUUCCACCAUGACCAUUCUGAGUCGUUUGCAAGUUGAUAAAUUCUUACCAUAAUAUUCCUGGGUAAAUUAUCUUCCACAUUGCAGAUUGUCUGACUAGGGCUUUAAGCAGAGAGGACCCCAUAGGAGGCAGAAAAUAGAUGUGUUUUGCUUUUGUAGUUUCCAAACUACUGCUCAUAUUGGAGGCCUGAAUGCUCACUUUGACUUGGCUCUUGUGUUCCAUCUCUGAGCUGUGCGACAGGCAGAGAGCUGGGAGUGCUGUGGGGGCAGCUCACACACAGCACCCUGCACAGAGGGUUUGCAUCACUGAGAAUUAGGGUAGCACUACUGUAUAAAAAAUGUUUAGGGUGGACUAUGGUGUCCAAGGCUGACUGCAAGGAGAGGAUAUUCCUGAUCAUUACCUUUUUCAUCAGCAAUGGGUCUUGAUUGUUUAAGCAGUUUUUUAAAUUAAACAUUUGUAAGAUACUUUUGUAGAUAUUUAUUGUCUGAUUUUAAAGUGCAAUAUUUUUUUUUUUGUACAGUGUUUAAUAAAGAUUUUUGGACAUAUA